AUGAGCUUCCUGAACGCAACGGCCACCAGCCUGCUGGCGGCGGACACCGACCUCCGCUACAACGACCUCCACUCCACGGCGGCCGUGAGCCUCGUCGACGACCUGGACGCGCUCCUCAGCACCCUGGCGGACGACGUGGAGACCACCGCCCAGGCGCUAACGGAGGGCGACUACCUGGACGACCUGGCGCCCUCCAACGAGACGGACGAAUGCACGAAGACCUACAGCAACAUUAGCACCGCGGCGCCCUCGCUCCUCAGGUUCAUCCUCUACGGCGUCCUGCUGACGACCAUCGGCCUCCUGGGCCUCGCCGGCAACCUCAUCUCCAUCACCAUCCUGUCCAGGCCCAAGAUGCGCUCAUCCAUCAACUGCUGCCUCAUCGGCCUCACGUCCUUCGACAUGAUCGUGACGACCACGUCGGUGCUGCUGUUCGGGCUGCCCGAGAUCAGCGAGUACACCUACACCAUGGUGUGGUACACGAGCGGCGUCUACCAGAGGGUCACGCCCUUCGUCUACCCGCUGGGUCUCAUCGCGCAGACGGGCUCCGUCUACCUGACGGUGACGGUGACGGUGGAGCGCUACGUGGCCGUCUGCCGGCCGCUGAGGGCGCGCUCGCUGUGCACGUACGGUCGCGCCAAGAUGUACGUGCUCUGCGUCGUGCUCUUCUCCGUGCUGUACAACCUGCCGCGCUUCUGGGAGGUGACGUACAAGGUGUGCGAGUUCGAGGACUUCUCCUUCGUGAUCGUGGUUCCGUCGAAGCUCCGCCAGAACGACUAUUACAAGCAGGUGUACAUCAUGUGGAUGUACCUCCUCAUCAUGUACCUCAUCCCGUUCCUCAGCCUCAUGAUCUUCAACACGUUUAUCUACAGGGAGGUCCGCGCCGCCAACCAGGAGCGGCAGCGGCUGAGUCGGCUGGAGAAGAAGGAGAUCGGGCUGGCGGUGAUGCUGCUGGUGGUGGUGACGGUGUUCUUCGUGUGCAACGUCCUCGCCUUCAUCAUCAACGUGCUCGAGCUCCUGGACAUCGCCAUCGACGAGCUGACCAUCUCGAGCAACCUGCUCGUCACCGUCAACUCGUCCGUCAACUUCAUCAUCUACUGCAUCUUCGGCCAGAAGUUCCGGAAGCUGUUCCUCAAGAUGUUCUGCUCGCGCAUCCUGGCGGCGUCGGCGGCGCGCGACACGGCCAUGGCCGAGUCGGGCGCCUUCGCCAACAACACGGUGUUCGGCGAGUCGCGCCUCCUCACCAACGGCCGCUCCACGCACACCUUCCGCCUCACGUCGUGGAACGGCUCGCACCAGGGCCGCCUCCUGCAGGGCCACGGCACGGCGCCCGGCGCCCACGCCAUGCCCUGCGCGUCCCCCUGGCGCCCCUCCAAGUACCCUGGCGCCACCUUCGACGACCCUUCGGCGCCUUCCACUAUUGCCACCUCGUCCUUCAACCACGCCAGGAGCCCCGACGGCAGCCGCGCCCUCCUCGCCUCCAAGCAACCGCUCUACCUCCAGACAGUGUACGAGUCAGCUGAGGAAAGGAAGGACGGCAGCUGACAGCAGCUGAAGGGGGCGACAGCAGUGAGUCACAUCAGCUGACC